AUUAAGUUGCCAUGUCAUAUACCUGGAUGUAUGAGUGAUUUGCACUUUUACACAUUACACAACUAUGUACAUGUAUCAGUAUGUGUGUACAUAUAACAUUGUAUAAUAGAAUGAAAUAUUUGUUAUUUCACAAAUAACAGGCCCAUGUAUCAUAUAAACAUCUUUUGGUUUGUGACUUGGGUGGAUAUCAUUGGACCUUAGGAAUAUGAAAUGACAUAAUUUGAAUUCAUUUACAAUCACCUAUACACUUUCCAAUUAUCUUUUUUUUUAUACCACAAUGACCUUUAAACUUCUUGGCAAGUUCAAUGAUCGAAAAAAUGCCUUUAUAUUUUUCAAUCAAAUGCAUAAAUUGUACAUUAGAGUCAAUGACAAUGACCUGUAUUUAAAGGGUUCAUUUUUUACUUUGGUUUUACUUGAAUGAUUCACUUGAAAGAUUGCCACUUAUCAUGCUUAUAACACCGAUCCACACCUAUAUAUACACAUAUAGAAAUAUAGAAGCAUACAUGUGAUUAUGAUGACACAAAUCAAUAAACACACAAGUAGAUAAACAAAUAGUUCAAGUCUUACUCAGAACACAUUUCUUUCUUUGAAGCAUAUAUAUGAUGUACAUAAAACAUCUUUAGUGGUGUCAGCUACACUUGUUUAUUUUUCUUUCAUUUUUUUAUGAAUGAACAUGAUUUUGUGAAUAUCAGGAAGAAAUACACAAGAAAAACAAGGAAGACAAGACGCCUUGAUAAAGACAUUUUAGAUUUAGAAAUGUAGAAAAGAAUUAUAAUGACAGACAAGGAUGAAGAUAUAGAUAUAAUUGACCCUUCAGAAGGUCAUCAUAAUCUUGAUUCUCCUCCAACUUUUGUGAUUAAAUCAGGAACAGAAGAAAAUCCUCAAGCUUCCCAUCAUGCCUUGUUUCAAGCUUAUGAGGAUAUGAAAAGACGUCAUCAACAAGUAAAAUCACAGAAUGAUAUUUUACAACAAACAAUCAGGGACAUGGAGUACUCAAGACAAAGCACAAGAAAUAAUUCAAAUAUGUUUGGUGCCGCUGGACCUGUAGGUGCUUCACCAGGGGCCGAUCAAGAUGACCAAAUGGCCCAGGUCAAAGCACAGAUUGGAUAUGCUGAGAGUGUGCAGAGACAACUAAUGCGGGCACAGGCCAAAAUAAUUACAUUAGAAAAUGAAAACAAAGAUCUAAAAAAUAAGUUGCAAAGUUUGAUAUAUAAUAAAAAUAAUACUGGACAAAGUAACUUAAUUGAAUCAACACCACAACUUCAUCAACAGAAUACAGAACUGAAAGCAAAAAAUAUUCAAUUAUCAGAAAAAAUAAAUACUUUAAAUCGAGACAUAUUAACUUUUAAGCAACUAUUGCAAGAAAGGGAUAUACAGCUCCAGCAAUUAGAAAAGCAGAAAGAUCCUAAUAUUAUGACCGAACCUUUUACUAGAAAAAUUCAAGAAUUGAAAACUGAAAUGCGUGAGAAAGAUGAACAUAUAUCAGCUUUAAUGGAAAGAUUAAAAACUGUUUCCAAGGGAUAUGAACAAAAAAUAAUGACCAUCAGUGAUAGAGAAUGGCCAGAAUCUGGUUAUAAUACACGUAUGAAUGAAGAUCAGACUUUAUUGACUGUUGAAGAAAGUAAACAAAUAUUGUUUGAAAUUGAUAAACACAAGAAGACAUUAAAGCAAUUUUUACAGCAAUUAAAGAUACAAACCGAAACAAUACAAAAACAAGGGCAUAUAAUUCAAGAUCUUAAAAGACGAGCAGUUUCAACAAACAAUAUAAGGGUACCAGCAGAUGGAACUUCUACUACAGUGUGCAGGGAUCCAGCUUCAUCAUGGCCGUCUACUUCAAUUGUUCAUAAUUCCCCUUCAAAAUACGGGGAUAAAUCUGCACAGUUUAUAACAGGUUCUGGUGCCAGACCAAAAGAUUCCACUUUUGCUAUAAAUAAUUCUAGAAUAUUUAAUGAAACUGUGGUUCCAAAGGCAAACUCAUCGCCUGUUCUUUCACCAUCAGAUGAUGGUAAUAAUACAAUAAGUCAAGGUGAUACUUUGUUUGGACAAGGUCGUUUGGGUGUUAAUAAUGAUUUUUUCCCAGUGUCUGUUGAUACUUCAAGUAGAAAUUUUAUGCCUUCUGAAGUUGGCAGUAAAUUUUCACCGUCUAUUUUAGUAUCACGACAAAUUACAGAUAACUCUCAAAGUGUAUAUACACCAGCUAAUGAUGUAGGUGUGAAAGAAUCAACUGCUGUGAUAGAAUCAAGUCAUGUGACUGAUACUAAUAGACCUAAAUUGACUGCACAGGUAUGUCCUGUAUGCAGUCGUCAAUUCCCUAAUAUGCCUAUGGAAGACUUUCAGCAACAUGUUUUUGAAUGUAUUGAUGAUGGAGAUGAUGAUCCACCACAAACUCUACAGAAUCCUACGGUAGCAGAGGAAUCUAAUGGUGUGGAUAGAAUAUGUCCCAUGUGUAAUAAAUCAUUCGCAAAUACACUGCCACUAGCAGACUUUGAAAAACAUGUUCAAGAUCACUUUAACGAAGAGUCUAUUGUUGAUAGAUUUGAAGUACUUCAUCCCUAGUCUAUUGACAAAACUUACUGUAUGGGAUAGAAAUCAUUAGGAAAAUAGAAAUUAUUUCACUUUGUUUUUAUAUUUGUACAUUCAAAAUAUUAUAGAUAAUUUGAUAGUAAUAUUGUCAGCUAAAGCAAAUAGUAUACAUUGGAAUGUUUAAGAACUUGAGAAAAUUUUAUUAUGUUAUGGACAGUAGUACAUUUUAUUCUAAGUUUUUUAAAGAUUAGAUAUCUAUUUUGUUAUUAGACAAGGAAAGACCGUUGACAUAUGUUUUUCUGUGUCAAAUACUUAAAUUAGAUUUGAGUUCUUUACAAUAUUAACAUUUUUCAAUAUGCCUGUUCAAAAUUGGGACAAAAGUAAGUACAAUGAAGUACAUAUAUAUAUAUAUAUACAUACAUGUACAAUGUUUUAUCAUUUGAUUUCUAUUCCAUAUAGCUAAGAAUGCAUAGUUAACUAGUCAGUUCUUAGAACUUAAAUCAGGCAGCUAUCCUUAAUAGAUUUGUAUUAUAAACAUGUAUUGUAAAUUGUAUGCUAAGUGUGGUUUUAGAUGCAUAAUACUUAUGUAAAUAAGAAUGUGGGAGGAUUUGUUAGUUUGUAUGCAAGGUUUUAAAAUGUAAACUUAUGAUUGCUUUUGGAGUCAUUUCAGUCCAUGUUUCACCUCCAGGGGCGGAUCCAGCCAUUUAAAAAAGGGGGGAUUCCUAACACAGGAUGAAAAGGGGUUCUACAAUAUAUCUCUAUUCAAAUGCAUUGAUUGUCGAAAAAAGGGUGAGUUUCAACCCCGAGAACCCCCUCUGGAUCCACCACUGACUUCUUUUAUUUUGAUUAUGACAUGUACUUAAACAUCUUUUUAAACAGAUUUAAGACAUUUUUUAGUUCAAUACUUAAACAGAUAGUAUUAUUUGAAAUUUGCUGACCAGAAGUUUUGUAAUCUGCACAACAUGUUUUCAUUGGAUAAUUCAGCUUUCUAAUUUUACAUUAAAUAUUCAUUUCAAAAGUUGUUUUUAAGUUCCACCAUUUUUUAUUAGGCAACGUCUGUAAAAGAAUAUGCAAUAAUAUCAAUACAUAAUCAUAUACAUGUAUGAGGGCUAAUUAAAAAUCAAAGAAGUAUUCUGUAAACUCAGCAUAUAUUAUAUUAUAUUUCUUUUACAAGUCUACAUGGUGCUUGAUAUAUUUACUCCAAAAUAAAUCCAAAAAGCCUAUAUUCAGGAAAGUGUUUUUGUUCCAUUUUAUUAAAUUCAUACUACAUGUAUUGCCUUUCAUAUCAUGUGAAGUAUUGGUGAAAAAUAAAUUCCUAGAAGUCUCCAUCAAGAUUUUAUUUAAUCAAGAGUGAUUCAAGACGGUAUUUCUCCAAACUUACUAUGUAAUAACCAAAGUUAAUUUAUUCGUAUUUUUUAACAAGGGAAGUAACUUGUAUGGUUUGACAAACUGGUUUAUUGCUACUGGUUUCCUACUGAAUAUUUAUUAUUCAAAGAUUUGUAAUUUAUAGAUUCUGGACUGGUUUUGCUAUAAAUGAUAAAUAAGUUUGCCACCAGUAUAUGGUAGAAAUAAAUACUAUUGUAAAUUAGUUUGUCCAACCAACAGAGUUACUGUCCCUGUUAUAUCAAUGCAGCUUAUGUUAUAUGAAAUGGACUUCAUUUCUCAUUUUAUAUAUUUAAAGUCUUAAUAUUGUGAAAAUUGAUGCAACAUACAUAUUUACCAUAUACUCUGUUGACAUCUAUUUCUUUUUCUUUAUCAUGUUCUGCUUUAAAACUUUAAUUCUAAGAAACUAUUAAUUGAUACAUUUUUUUAAAGAAUAAUUGAAUACUCUAAUCUUCUUAACAGUGCAUUGUAAAUUAACAAAACUUAAAACAUUUGUAGUGUUCAAUUGUGUCUUUAUCUGAAAUAAGUAUGUUAUUAUAAAUUCAUAUUAAAAUUUCACAAUUUUGUUUGCUUUCAAGGAAAAAGGGCUAAUUUUUUCUUCAUAAAAUAAUAAAAAUAGCAGGAAUAUCAAUGGAACUUAGCAAUGUGCAAGGUGCCAUGUUGAAGACUGUACUAUGACAUAUAAUGAUUUACUUUUGCAAAUUGAGACUUGAACAGAGAUGUCUCAUUGGCACUCAUACCACAUCUUUUUAUUUCUAUUUACAAUUAGAAACAUUUGAACAUAAAAUAUCUCAUAUACUGGAAUGUUAAAAAAUAUUGGCUUUCAAAUUUUUUUGGAUGUGCUUAUCAGCAAUUUAUAUAAAAUGUAUACAGAAGUUUUUGAAUCGGAAGAUUAUAUUGCCUAACUGAUCAAUUGUUAUACACAAUUUACAUUUAAGAAAUGAAUAAGCUUUUUAGGCCAAGUAAUAUGAUAAAGCACUACUAAUUGAUGUCUGAUACAACAGAAUACAUGAUAACUACAAUUUUCAGUAAAUAUACUGGGAUAAGCAUGGGGAUUUCUAAUAUUUGAUAAAUUUUAAUAAACAAAGUACACAGCAUCAACAUUAUAGAGAACUUUAGUUAAAUCAUUUUAAAUAUAUCCUGCUCACAAAUUCACCAUUAAACAAGGUGGACAUUUUUUAAUUUUAGUUUGUAAUACAACUUUUUGCAUUUGAAUGACUAAUAAAUAAAUCUGCCAGUAUUUCCAUCUGUUCUUGAUUGGAAUUACAGUGUAACCUGUGUUAUCUGACACACUGGGGGCCAGAAAAACAUGUUGGAUUAAGCACAAUGUUGCAAUACCGAGUUUUUUUUUUGCAAGGUUGGGCAUAUUUUGAGACCAUAGAAAUGUAUGGGUUAAAGCAGGAUGUUGGAUUAGGCAGGUUACACUGUAUUUACAGUUAAAGCAGGAUGUUGGAAUACUCGGGUGUUGGAUUAGACAGUUUACACUGUAGUUAUUUCUGAAUCUACUCAGUAUUUUUGUUGUGACUGUGAGGAAUGGUUGUAUUAAAGUGACUAUGCAAUAUGUGUCAAAUGUGUGCAUUUUUGUAGAUGAUUGAGUUCAUGUAUUAUAAGUUAUGGUAGUAGAGUUUAUUGUUGGUUUGUACAUAAUGUAAAUCAAUACAUUAAAUGGUUUCUGAUUCAAAGAUAACGUUUUAUUGACCUGUUAGACAAUCACUGAAGGAAUUCUAUGAUGUUCAAGAUUUAUUUGAUGAUUCAAGAUUUCAAGAUUUAUUCAUAACCUCAGACACAUUAUCAAUAAUAUAUAUAUUAUAAUAUCAUCUAUUAUUUUUAAGUUGAUACAGUCUAUAAGCAUAUAGUAUAUAAAAAUCGUUAGAUGAUAAGCAGAAGUAUUUGAAAUUAUAAAUACUUCUAAUCGGAUACCACAAUAUCCAAAUAAUUUACAUGUACUUAUAAAAUAGAUAAUCUAAGAAUUUGAAUGUCAUAAAUAUGCAACAAGUGGUCAUAAUACAACUAAUAUAAUUCACUGAUGGGCAUAGUCUAUGACAUGUGUUUGGGCAUAGUCUAGGAGUUAUUUAUAUGUUUUGGCCCAUAGUCCAUGAGUUAAAACAUGUGUUGUUAGGUCAUGAAUUUGUAAUAUUUUUGAUAUUUGAAUUCCCCAAUUGGUUGUUUGUUUAAAUACAUUGACCUUUAAUUAUUGUAAUUAUAAAGUAGAAAAACACACAACCAUUCGUCACACUUUGCUGACAAAUUCUCAACAGCACCCAUUAUUGAAUGACGUCAGAGUAUUAAAAUUACAUGAUGUAAUUGAAAUUUUCAUUAUUUCAUUGAAACUAAUUUUAUGAUAUUGUAUAGCUGAACUCUAAAUAAGUGAUUAAUUUUUGGUUUACCUUUAAAUUCAACAUUACAUAAGUCAAUGUUUUCAAGUAAAGUAUAUCCAUUAUUUAUAUAAAGCAAUUUAAAACAUCUAAAAAUUGUCACAUUUAGAUACAUAACAUGUAUUAUAUGUAUUCUGGUUCAAUUUAAUUUCUAACUUUUUUUAUAUGGUAGUUUAAUAUAGUUUUAAAGGGGAGAAAAGUUUUUACCAAUUGUAUUUCAUGCUUAAAUUGCAAAUUUGAUAAUACAUGUGUUAUUUUAAGUAGACACUAUGUUCAUAUCUCUGUAAUAUUUAAACACUGCUAGUGCCUGAUCAAAUUUAUUGAUGUUGUAGAAAAACAAUGAAAUAUCAAUAUACAUGUACCAACUUUGAUAAAGGACAUGAAUUGUAGAAGACAUAUUUGUUAUCUGAGAUAAAAACAUAAUAUGGUAAGAUAUAUCAAUUAUUAAUAUAUUUAUGUUUGGAAGGAGUCAUAUAAUGAAAAUAUAGAGUUGAAAAGUUCAAUAUACACCAUAUAUUCUGGAGAACCUUAUAACCAAAGGUUACUCUUAAACUAUAAACGAUAUAUUUUGUAUUAGUCUAAGAUAAGUAUCGGCCAGUAUUAAUAAUUAUUGUUAAGAAUUCUUGAACAGUAAUUUAAGCAAAAGUCUUUCACAUAUUUGAUUGUUUCUUUAUCAACAAAAUACAACUUUUUGAUGACAUAGUAAUUUAUGUUGAUUAAAAUGUUUAGUUGACUUACCGACAUCUGAAGACAAAUAUAUAUGUACAUCAUAAUGCUUUCAUUAAAAUCUUCGUCAAAUA